GUAGCAACAAAACAAUUUUGUUCGUAGCAAUAACGAUACUACUUAUAAAAGCCUUGAUUUCAUAUUAUUUUUAUUUUAUUUUCUUUUGUAUAAAAUUUAAUGUGAAUUAAUUUUAAAUAUGACUGAAGAAAAUAUCACAGUGAGCGAUAAUUCUGAUACAGACGAAGGCGGAUCUCAAGAACUCCGUGGUCAUCUGAGUAAAUGGACAAAUUACAUUCACGGUUGGCAGGACAGAUUUAUUGUUUUGAAGGAUUCUACAUUGUCUUAUUAUAAAAGCGAGUUGGAAAGUAAUCUUGGAUGCCGAGGUGCCUUAUGUCUGAAAAAAGCUAAAGUUAAGCCACAUGAAUUUGAUGACUGUAGAUUUGAUGUCUCUGUAAAUGAUUGUGUUUGGUAUCUGAGAGCUACCAGUCCAGAGGAGAAGCAACAAUGGAUAGAUGUUUUGGAGUCAUUCAAAGUGGAAUCAGGGUAUGGCACAAAUUCAGAUAGUAGUUCUAAUGGAGGUGGUCUUCGGAGACAUGGCUCGGUUACAUCGUUACAGUCCACUGGAUCUCAUGGAAGAACAACACGGCGUCUCACAGAAAAGAUACAAGAGUUGGAUACAUACACCGAGUUGUUGUCAAAACAAGCUGUACAGUUGCAACAGUACUUUGACAUGUGUGUUGCCACCUACCCUCAAAUUAGUGAUGAUACCACAGAUGCAAUUGAUGCUGUCAAAUUGGCUGAUGGUAACGACCUAUCGCUGCAUGCUGGGGAAGUUCGUGCGACGAGCGCGUCAUUCCGGGCUACAUGUGGCGCUACUCUGACAGCGUUGAAUCACUGCGCAGAGUUGUUGCGCAGGCGCGAGAAACAAGCCAGACAGGCAGAGGAGCUCUAUAUGGCCUUAAAAAACCAGCUAAAUGAAGCGAGAUUAGCGUCUAAACCAGGACCAGAUCACGAGGAAGGGCCGCAUUCCACUUUACCUGACGACGAGUUCUAUGAUGCUGUCGAGACGGGAUUUGACAAGAUGGAAGAGGAGAGGUGCGCCCGAGUGGUGCCACCUAGCGUCCACACUCGGGACCAGGUUGAGUUGCCGCCACCCGCAAUCGACAAUAGACUCACUGUACAUCCAUUAUGGUCCGAGAUCGACAGAAUAUCUACAGAACAGAUACAGGCCGCGUUUGAAGGAGUCGGCGGCGAGAUUGGCUGGCAAUUGUUUGCGGAGGAAGGCGACAUGAGAAUGUAUAGAAGAGAGAUGGAAGUGGACGGAAUGGUGAUGGAUCCACUGAAGGCGAUGCACAAAGUCCGCGGCGUGUCAGCCCGUGAGAUGUGCCAUUAUUUCUUCAACCCGCGGUACAGAUUUGAAUGGGAGACAACACUGGAGACCAUGAACAUAGUAGAGGAGAUAUCCUCAGACGCGAUGGUAUUCCACCAGACGUUCAAACGGAUCUGGCCGGCAUCGCAGCGGGACGCGCUGUUCUGGUCGCACGUGAGGGCAUCCGAUGACCACACAUACGCUGUUACUAACCAUUCCACCACCAACCCUGAGUAUCCGUCUAACACGGGCGCGUGUAUCCGCCUGUUCGUGACCGUGUGCCUGGCGUGCCGCAGCUCGUACCCGGCAGGCGAGCAGCCCACGCGGGACAACAUCACCACCAGCAUCGCCUACUGUAGCACAGUUAAUCCCGGUGGCUGGGCACCGGCCGGUGUUCUCCGGGCUGUCUACAAACGCGAAUAUCCAAAGUUCCUCAAACGCUUCACCAGUUACGUGGUUGAGCAAUGUCGUGGUAAGCCACUCGCUAUCUAGCGCCCGCACACCGCGGCUUAAUCCGGCCAUUCCGGCCACCCCGGCCACUCUAGCCACUAUGGCUACGCCGCGGCCGUGUUGUCUAUAUGGCCAGUUUUUUUACAAUGGCCGACUUAUCUGGUAAUAUCGCAAGGUCAUCAGAACUGCAGUGUUUCACAACGAUCAUAUUAAAAUUAGUAGUAACAGUAUGGUAUCCAAGAAUAAGUCAUAAUUAAAUUGACCAGUGUCACUUGCAGUGACCACCAAUUGGCCAAUACUGACCAAAUAAUAAACUGAUGUAAUGUUAGGUUGGUUACAUUGGUUUAUUGUAUUUUGUUGAAAUAUGGAGCGUAUUUCCUUCCAUACUUUUUGCUGUAUAAAGCGUGGAAAGUAACGUCUGGAACUUUCGAGUUCGGUAGAUUUUAUAUCGUAUACCAAUGUAAUAACGUAGUCUAUAAUCUAUGUAGUUGCGAUGAAAAUCUUUGCCAAAAGGCGAUAUGUAUUUUGUGUAAUAUACGCACUUAUUUAGAAUUAGUAUUUUGUUCGAGAACAUUGUUUAUCAUGUUAUUUGGGUAAUAAGUAUUUCAUUUUAUCUAUUAUCAAAGAUGACCGUUAUUCGUAUUUAUAUUGCGAAUAUCUUAUAGACAUUGUACUCUGAAAGACUAAUAUAUUAUUACAAAUAUUGUACAGAUGAAUCCUUUUGAAUUGUACAUAUAUUCUUUAUACAAAAUAAGCGUUAAUAUUGCCUGAAUAUAUACCUAAUUGGCCCUUCAAACUUACUGUAGAUCAAUAAAUUCUACUCAGGAGUUAAAGACUAUAUUAAAUAUUUUAUAAAGUCAAAUAGACGACAAGAUGAUUUUAAGUACGAUGUUGCAUUACUAUCAGGUGGGCCGUAUACUAGUUUGCCACCCUCGUUGUGUAAUCUAUAUGCAUAUAAUAAAAAAUAAUAUAAUCCUAUAAUUAAAAAUCACCGAGAUAUAUUUAAUGUUGUCCCCUAAAUUGGAAAUGAGAGGAUAAUAGAGAUGCGAAAUGACAUAUCCAAAAGGAUUCUAUUAUUUCUACCUCUCUAAAAUAUACUCUUUUAUCAUACGUUAUUCCUCUCCGAUUUACACAAUUUGUUGAAUCUUUUCAAAUGUAAAGUUGGUCGCCAUAUUUGUAUUCUGAACUGUGACGCAAUUUUGGUGCGAAAAAUUAACAUAGUAUUGAAAUGAACUUAAAAUCUCAAUAAACAUAUUUUAACUAUUAGUAUUUUGUCCAUUUCUUUCAAAUCAGGAAUUUAGCUUAGAAGAAAGAAACGAAACUAUUCUAAUGGCUACAAUAAGUUUAUUUCUUGAUUAACCAAUGAGGGAGUAAAUGUUUAUAAAUUGUUACAAUUUAAAGAAUUUAUCUAACGAUUGAAUUAGUUAUUCAGCCCACUAUUUGUAAACGAAAUGCUAUAUGAAAUGAUCUUCGGUGGCUGUGUUGGGAGAUAAAAGGAGUAUCCAGUACUUAUCUCGUCCAUAUGUUAUUCUUUUCAUCUGUAAGGACUAUACUACACUAUCCAAUCGUACCGUAAUGCUAAUUCCUGUCAUAUGCCAAUUUAACUUAUGGGAAUCGACAUUAUAAAUUUUAUACUAUUAAAUAUGACGCCUUCUUGUGUCAAGAGUUUCUAUUCCAAAGUCCUCUGAUGUGUAUGCCGUUCAUUAUAGUAAUCAUCUUGUAGUUUUGAGUUCCAUUCCUAAAACUGGACACCUAAAAAUAUUUCUUUAAUGAAGGGAUAUUUAAAACCAAUAAAAAUGCGAAAAAAGCAAAUAAUUUUUGCGAGAGAGGUGCGUUUCAGGGUUUACCAUUGUUUUUUUAAAAAAGUUUGUCAGUUUUACAAACAUUAUUUCUUGAAUCGGCAUGUUAUACACGUUCCGUUACACGCUGCACAUUUGACAGUGUAAUGUAGUCCCUAAAGUGGUUGAGUUUAAAUGUUGGGUGUUGUGUAAAGGAGUUCUAGCGUUAGUGGAUUUGGUAUGGUAUUAAAGCUUGAAUGGAUUUUGAAAUAAGGUUUUAUAGCACUGCAAUGUUGUUAUCAAAGUGGUGAGCUCGCUCUUUGUUAGAUAGCACGCUUGGCGAAGUGUGGCGAGAUUUUGUGAAAACGGUAACAGUUAAGAAUAAUUGUAGCUAUUCUGUCUUCAGUUAUAGUCGUGAAGUAAUAGGGUGUUUAAAAUCGACGCUAAUCGAUGAUGAUUUGAGGUUAGAUAAUGUUGCAGUGCUUUAUUAAAAAAUAAAACUUGAGAAGGUACACGGAGUGUGGUAUAGUGGCGUCCAAGAUUUUUUAUAUAAUUUUUAAUCUUUUUAGAAAAAAAGGAGGCUCUUAAUUCGAUUGUAUUUUUUUUUUAAUUUUAUUGUAUAAUAUAAAUUACUUAAUACCUUCGCCAGUUGUGAAUCCAUUUAAGAGUGUUCAUAACUUUAUCUUACGGAACUGUGGCAAUUAUCUAUGAUUUCAUUUUUUUUUAAUUCAGGCUGAUUAUUGAAAAAAUACUUUGUCUAUGAACUAAAACGUUAAUUAUAGAAUACGUUGCAUACUAUACGCUUACUUCAUAUUUUGUUUCGAAAUUUUUUACAUACGUUUUAGUUCGCUAGAAGAGAACUUUUUAAAUAAUAUCACCUAUAAUCACUGAAAAUAGUUAAAUUUCAUAAGCUAACGUUAUGAGCGCUCGUAACUUAUUCCUGUGUUGGUCUUAUACUAAUUUGGUCAAGAUAGACAUAGGUUUUCUUUUGGAAUUUUUUAAAAAAUGUAUUUUAUCUAUUAUUCUACAUUUAUGGUAUUAUCAUAUUCUUAGUGGGAAUCGUUCACUACUACCGAUUAACUUUUGAUGCAUUAAGGGGCAAGCCUUUAUAAUGCUAUCCUUACUAAUAAUGGCAUUUACCGUCUUCUAUCAAAUUAUGUGUUUUUUAUUCAUGUAUAAAUUUUAAUUACAUUACUUUUAUUGUUGUUUCAAACAGCAUGGGCUUGAACGGUCAAAUGACGACUAUUUCACUUCAAAGAAAUUUUAUUGUUAUAGUGAAAAAAACAAGACACAAAAUAUGAUAUAUGAUGAUGUCUCCCGUUUCGUAGCAAUAAUAAGCCUCUUAAAGCCUCACUAGGGGCAUGUUACACUAUCUAUGUAAGAUCAUAUCAAUUUAAAGAACUGUUGAUGCAACUUAAAUAUGUGAAUAAAGUCGAUAUAAAUGACAUGCAAUUCAGUAUAAUUCACGAUAUUAAGCAAACGACUUGAACAAACCAUAGACAACGGAAUCUGCGCAGUAAAUGCUGUUGUAUGUGAAAUAUUUAUUGCGCAGAUCACGUGUCAAGAUUUGUAACCACAUUAUUUGUUGUAAUCUAAAGCAAAUCUAUACAGGAUAGUAUAAUAAGUCUCUUAUAGUGAGCGUUGCAAGUGAGUUUGUUAUGAUAUUGGGGUGAAGUGAGCCUCGAUUUGUAGUUAUCGGACAGUUGGGUGAUAGAUCGAUGUGUUCAGAUAGAUAGGGUCGCGAAUUACGAGUAUGCUGCAUAGUUACUGUAAAUUCAUCUUAGAUACAGGGUGGGCGCGAUGUGACCAUGACUAAUAUCGAAAUAAGAUACUUGCAUUGUUAAUAUAUUUUUAAUCUGAAUAUCUACAAUUUGUAUAUAUAUAAAAUAAUAAUAAUAAUAAUAAUUAAACACAAAACCAUAUGGAAAAUACUGUUUCUAAUAUAUAAAUCAUAAUAAGAAAUUAUACUGUUGUCUGUCUUUUUUAUAUUCAUGAAUGUUUAUUUUUAAAAAUAGACAGUGUACUUAUAAAUUUAUUUAUGAGAGUUAAUUUAGUAACACUUGAGUAUUUAGAGUUAUUUGAAAUAUUAUAAAUAGCUUUGUAUUGCACAAUUUUUUUUCUAAUUGUUUUGUAAUGGAUGUUUUGUGUAAGAAUAUAUUUUAUAUAAUACAUUCAUUCAUAUAUAAAUGAAUAUAUUUUGUCUGUCAGCGAAUUACAAAUCCAUCUAAGGUUAAGGUUACAUUUCAUCAUAUAUUGAACUGCAACGUGGGGCAUGAAAAUGUGUAUUUUUAUUCGCAGUCCCACUAGAUGGAGAAACUAUUUCAAAUGUGUCGCAGGGAUUAUUAACAAUUUCUCCUUAGUCACCAUCUGUAUAAGGAAUAUCCACCUUAUAUCUAAGGAUAAGUUGCAUAUCAUUUUCUUCACUAAUUUUAGAUAUUAGCUUUUGCUCAGUUUCUCGACUGUCACUGUUAUUUUAAAUUUGAUAAUAUUUCUUGUUAUGUAACGAUUAGUUGUUUAUUUUUAGUAUUUAAUAUUCUUUAUAUGAUUUUCAUUCCGGCUUUCAUCUAUUUAAUGUUUAGUUGGUACUGCUGUGUGUUACUCGGUUAUUAUUAUACAGGUCUCAAAUGAUAAUAUGAAAAUGUCAUGCAAUACGGGGUAUAUAUAAAUUCUUGCAUUUAUAGAUACGCAAUGUUGGAAUUGUACUAAGUUAUAUAAUACAAAGAUGUUUUUUUAAAUUAUUGUUUAUAAUAAAAUGUUUUUAUGAUGGACAA